GAGAGGAGCCCGCGUUUGUGGAAUAAGAAUCAGAGCAGCCGGAAGUGUUGUGAAACCAGGAAGAGGGCUGCUGCCUGAUUUCACUCCCAAGUAAAUGUUUGACUGGAUGUUUGCCUGUCUCUGAGUCUGGUUCUACAGAUCAAACUGGGGAGAAUGGGAACUCAUGGGGAGCCAUCAUAACGAAGAUCCCGAGCCCCAGGACUGCAGCAUCCAUCGAGCGGGCGCCACCCACCGUGGUAGUCCUUCAGCAAGAUGCUUGCUGGCAGCACAAGGUGAGCCACAGAGGCUGAGCCGGGUCAUUCCUCCUAGCUCUUUUGAUGUUGGAGAUUAACAAAGACGGGGAGAAAGGCACUGACAGGCUAAUCUGCAGGCAGGCAGACCUGAAAAGGCAGAGCUAGGAUAGAUUUACUCCGUGUCAGUCAGUCAGAGCCACGAAGGAGGUUCUGGGAAUCAGUGGCCAUCCCAGGCCUCUCUGGGCCAGGCUCCAGCUAGAGUCUGAAAGAAUCAGAGGAAGGAAAGCUGCUGUGCUCUGUCUGGGAUGAGGAGGAGCCGUCAACCAGGAACUGAUACCCAUCCCAGGACCAGGCAGUUAAAUAUCACCUGUGACAACUCAGUGGACGGGGAGGUCUUCCUCCAUUACUCCCUCAUCCCAUCAACAAGAACAUCGGAGACAAAGAGAUGACACCUCCCACCUCCUGGGGAACCACUUUGGAAUCAUCGUGCCUCUGGACUUCGUGGGGACUUUUAGUAACCGAUGGUCCUAUGGAGUGGCCUUUGGGGCCACAGCCAAUAAGGUCAUGUUCUUGUUCUCAGAAGGCUAUCAGCCCCUGAAGGUUCCGCAGUGGGCCCAAGCCUUUGUGCUUCUCAUCGGGGGCAUGGAAGUUGGCCUCUCCUACUUCCCCUUCUUUGCCUGCCUGUCCUCAGAGUUCCAGCUGGUCAGCUCCAUCCUGGGCUUCGGCUACUCCCUGACCUGGUUUGUGGUUACUGUUCUUCAGAUCUCACAGUGUCCCCAUGGGCAGUUUCUGGGGAGGUUCGAGACCCUCAUUUUCUACUGGCCCUCACUGUUGUGCCUGGGUUUCCUGCUGGGUCGUUUCCUGCACAUGUUCCUUAAGGCUCUGCCUAUCCACCUCGGCCUGGCGCCUCAGACAGAAGAAAAGUCGAUGCUGGAGGCCCACCAGGCAGAACAUGUGAAGCAGCUCUUGAGGAAGCCCCGCCCACAAGAAGGAGAAAAGUCUUGGUUUCAAACCAGGGUGUAUGAGUGGGACCCCUGCUUCCAGUUUCCCAGCAGGAUGAUUGGGACCCUCCUGCUGGCCUUCAUCUGCCUCUACCUUUUCAUCGUCAUUGAGUUUUGUGUGUUCCUACAUGUGAAAGACCAGUUGGACAUGUUUGAAGACAAGCUGGAGAGCUACCUCACCGACAUGAACGAGACAGGGACCUUGACCCCAGUCAUCCUACAGGUGAAAGAACUGAUCAGCGUCUCUAAAGGGGUCUGGGUGGUGACCAUUUUGCCUGCUGCCCUCACGUGUAUCACCUAUCUCUUCCACAUUUUGGCCUGUUACAGAAAGCAUAUGAAGAGGCUGUGGGCUGGAGACAAACACUUCCUCCCUCAGAAGUUCCAUAGUCCCUCUUCAGCAGCGAGUGUGGUGGCCAUUGCAAGAUACUCUGGCUGGCAAAUAGCCUACAUCCUCUGGGGCUACCUCAUCAUCCAUGUGGUUCAGAGUCUCUGUGGUGUGAUGCUCAUGUAUGGCCUGGUGCUGCCCAUCAUCCACCACCAAGGCCUGGAGAUGCUGCAAGGACUUGGCCUUGGGGUCCUCACCCUAUCCGUAGCCGUGGGCCUUAUAAUCCUACAAGUGUGGAUUGCUGGCACGUUCUUCCUGCAGCCCAAGCUGGGCAUAGCUGACAAGCAGAAGCCCCUGGCUCUCAACAACAGGAGAGCCUUCCACAACUUCAACUACUUCCUCUUUUUCUACAAUGUGCUGCUGGGCCUGGGUGCCUGCCUCUCCAGGCUGCUCGUCAGCUGCCUCCUGGGCACGUGGCUGAUUGCACGAAUUGACAGGACCAUCAUGCAGAGCGGCUAUGAGGGGGCAGACAUGGGCUUCGGUGCAUGGAUUGGUAUGCUCUUUGUGGACCACUACCACACCAACCCUGUGUUGGUUAGCUUUUGCCACAUUCUGAUCACAAGCCACAAGGAUGGGAAGCUGCAGAAGACUGUGAAAUACUGGUGCCUGAACCAGUCAGCAGGUCCCCGAUUCUCAGCCAGAGCCAGAACGAGGUGGUUCCUGCUACAGACGCUCAUCAACAAUCCCAGGCUUGUCACGCUCAGAAAAUCAAAAUCAGGUCAGAGUUCAGGAGAGGUCACACAGAUUCUCCUGACCUGCUCAGACUGCUGAUUGGGCCACCAACUUCUGCUCCAAGGCCAGGCCAUCCCCUCUCAUGAAGGCCUCAACUUAACUACCAGCAAUUCCCUACAACAGGACAGGAUGACAUGGGCACUGUUCAUGUACAUGAUAGACAGCACUGACCACUCCUGGGAUGGCCAUAGAGACCAAUGGCUUAAGUCUAGAAUGAUCUCAAUUCCUUGGGAAAAAAGAAAAAUAAUAUAAAAAGCAAUUCUGUGGAACAAAUUUUGCCCAUCAGUGACCUCCCGUGUUUGUGGGAAGGCCGCCAUGGGGGUCACCUGCUAAGAAGCAUGAAGUAGAGGCUGGAUAAAUGAGAUGGCUCAGGGGCUAAGUGCACUAGAUUUUACUUGCAGAGGACUCAAGUUUGGUUCCCAGCAUUCACAUUGGGCAGCUCACAAGUGUCUGUAACCCUAGCUCCAAGGGAUCUGACCCAUUUCUGGGCUCUUCAAGCACUUGCACAAAUGUGGCAGACACAUAUACACAUAAGUAAAAACAAUAAAGAAAAUGAAUCUUUAAAACAAUUUAAAAAAAAAGAAGUAUGAAGUGAACUUCUUGCCUCAAAGCCUACUGGGAGUAGAAUCAGGUGAUCCAGGCCUUCCUCCUAAAGCUAGUCUAUCUGUGGGAUCCCCUACAAAAGCCAAGCAGACGUGGAAUAGGCCUGCAUUCCAGGUGGAGAACAGCAAUACUGAGUCUGCGAGCAGGAGACCUAAAGCAUUUUGAUGAUGCUGUUCAUGUUGGGGACAGAGGCUGAAAGACAGUGAAGCUUAUUCAAAAGACACAUGUGUCAGGCUGGGCGGUGUGGACAUUGUCCUUGUGCAGAUCUCAGUACUAUCCAAAUGGCCCAGGACAGAUACAGUCUGGCCAUUGAAAGUCCUGAGCCCGAGCAAGUGCUGUGAGGACCCAAAAUCUCGAGCACUUGCACCCAGUUGCUGUGUAAAGUUGGUCCUGCUGGUGCAUGCGCCAGGGUUGUCACUUUUAGCUGAGUCUUUACGACAGCUCUUUGACAAUUUGUUGGGAAAAUUAAGAGCCCCUUCCCCACCCCAUACACAACACAUGUCACUUUCUAGCUCUGUGGCCAAACAACUUUGUCUUUCUCUAUUCUCAGACAUCUAUAUCUGCAAAAGGGGCCAGCAUUCCAGCUCCAUGUAUUAUCUUGAGGAUAAAAUUAUUCAAAGCACACAGAUUCAUCUAAGCUUGUGCCUGAUACUCUAAACUCUCAAAAGCAGAGAUUCAACUUUGGUUGUCUGUAUGGUUUGAGUGUAAACAGUAUCUCCCAAACACCCAGGUACCUGUUAAGACUUUGGUCCCUAGGAUGGCACCAUGCAGAGGGGUGGGACCUUUAGGAGUGGUACCUAGUAGGAGGUCCUUAAGUCACUGGAGGCAUGUCCUUGAAGGAGACCAUGGGACUCUGGUCUUUUUGUUUCUCAGCUGAUGGGAUGAGCAUUUUUGUUUACUAGACAUUCCUAUCACACAUGACAUGAUGCCUCAUUAGAAACCAAAAUCAAUGGGACAUUUCAUCGUAGACUGUGGUCUCCAAAACCAUGAGCUCAAAUAAAUUUUUUUUCCAUACA